AUUUUUCAUAUUUCAAUAGACUCAGGUUUCCCCCUUCCUGCAACAAGUGUUUAUGCCUUUGCUACGUGCUAUUUUUGAAGUCCUUCACAGCCCAGCUGAAGAAAAUGACCAGUCUGCUGCUUUGGAGAAACAAAUGUUGCGGAGGAGUUACUUCGCCUUCCUCCAGACAGUCACGGGCAGUGGAAUGAGCGAAGUUAUAGCUAAUCAAGGUGCAGAGAAUGUGGAGCAUGUGUUGAUCACAAUCAUCCAAGGAGCAGUUGAUUAUCCUGAUCCUAUUGCUCAGAAAACCUGUUUUAUCAUCCUUUCAAAACUGGUUGAACUCUGGGGGGGCAAAGAUGGACCUGUGGGAUUUGCUGACUUUGUCUACAAACACAUUGUUCCUGCCUGUUUCUUAGCACCUUUAAAGCAAACAUUUGACCUAGCAGAUGCACAGACAGUAUUGGCUUUAUCUGAGUGUGCGGUGACAUUAAAAACAAUUCAUCUCAAAAGGGGCCUUGAAUGUAUUCAGUAUCUUCAGCAAGAAUAUCUUCCUUCACUGCAAGUAGGUCCUGAAAUAAUACAGGAAUUCUGCCAAGCACUUCAGCAGCCUGAUGCUAAAGUUUUUAAAAACUACUUAAAGGUAUUCUUUCAGAGAGCAAAACCCUAAGAAAUCUAGAGGAACCAGUUUUCUUUAAUCAGGAACUCCAGAUAUUAAUUUAUAUGAAUGCUAACUUCUGUGCCAUUCAGAUUGACUUCUUUUUCUUCUGGAAGAUGUUGCUCUGCGCUUAAAUCCGUAUGUGUAUUAGCCUUUUCCUGUAAAAGUGCAAA